AUGUUACAGCAGUUCCCAAAAGCAUUUGCAUAUCUAGGUUUAUUUUUGACGUUAGUUUUCCCAUUAUUAAUUAAAGUUUUCACCAGCGAAUUGAUUUCUGAUUUCAAUUCUAAGCAUAUCCUUGUUGUCAAGUUUAACGUAUUGUCUAAAAUUUGGAAUUCCAACCCACUCGCUCUCACGGCUACUUCAUCGGCAAUAGCUUUUACUUUACUACUCAUAUACGUCAAGAGAGAGUCAAUUUCACUUCCAGAUAUACUUAAAAGGGCAGCUAUAUACAUGAAUUCAGGGUUCAACUUUGGAUCGGCAGCAGGUAGAUCAAGGUUUGGGUCCAUGAGAAAUUCAAAGGAACAAAAGUUUGCAAUUAAGAACGGUGGAGAACCGGGAGGAAUAAGCAAUGAUGGAAAUACUUGUUUUAUGAACUCCGUUCUUCAAUCUUUGGCAUCUUCGAGAUACUUAUUGAAGUUUAUUGAUUCUUACUUAUACUCAGAAAUAACUAUAGACGAGCAAGAUGGAAAGCCAAUUAAAAUGAGAUCCAACACACCAAAACCUGAGUUAGUUUUUACUACAUCAUUAAAGACAUUAUUGGAUAACAUUAAUGGAAGUUAUGGGGCAAAAGGAAAGGAGUUUAGUACCAAACCUUUGUUGAAUAGAAUGCCCAAUGGCCCAAAGCAAAACUUCUUUACUGGUUAUAAUCAAGAGGAUGCCCAAGAAUUUUACCAAGUGGUUAUGGGUCUUUUAGAAAGUGAAUUUAAGAAGGUAAACAAGACCAACGAAUCGAUCAACAAAGACGAAAAAAGUGGCGAAAUAACUAAAUUUGUGGACUCUACUGACAAUUUAAUUUCAGGUUGUGAAAAAAUAGGAAGGCUAGGUGAAGUCUGUGUUCCUGCUUCACAAGUGGACCCGAAUUUGGUAGAUUGUGAUCAUAAGGUCUUGCCAUUAAAAUUGGUGACUCCUGUUGACGGCAUAUCAGCAGAGAGAAUAGGAUGUCUCUCUUGUGGUGAGGUUGGAGGAAUAAGAUAUUCCGUGAAUAGUGGCUUGAGUUUGAAUUUGCCUUAUAGAUCGUCAUACUAUUCAAGUUUUAAUCUAGAGGGCUUACUAGAUGAAUGGAUUGCGCCUGAAAUAAUCGAGGACGUUAAUUGUAAUAGAUGUGGAUUAGUACAAACAAAGGAAUUCUUGACUAAACAAUUAGAGUCUUCUACAAAUGUGAAAAUUUCCAACCAACUUGAAGAUAGAAUCAAAACAAUUGACCAUGAAUUAGAGAAGCCACAUAUCACGGAUGAAGUAUUUGAAAAGGCAACUAUAAAGCAAAUGAUAAGGAAAACAAAGAAAUCUAAGCAAAUUUACCUUAGCAGACCUCCGCCCUUACUCUCAAUUCAUAUAAAUAGGUCAGUGUUUGAUCCGAACACUUACAGGAUUGCCAAAAAUGCAAGUAAUGUGACUUUACCUGCUGUUCUUGACUUGAGCCCAUAUACGGUCGAACCUAAGGACGUAAACAUGGACGCCAGAUUAUCGUUUAGAAAACAAGACGUAAGAAACAUAAGAGCUUCAGUAAAUGGUAAAUUGAGCAAAUCUGAAUCGGCCUAUUCGUCUUCUUCGUCUUCUUCUUCCGAUGAUGAAAAUGAAGAAGCUCAAGAACUCAACAGCAAUGGUAACUUGACCCCCUCUACCAAGGAGACAGACAUCGAUAAUAUUUCGUCCACAAGUGCAAAUUUCUCUUCACCUUCCCUAAGGUACAACUUAAAGGCGGUUAUCUCACAUUAUGGCACUCAUAACUACGGCCAUUACAUAUGCUAUAGAAAAUUAAGAGGUACGUGGUGGAGAAUAAGCGAUGAAUCAGUCUAUGUGGUGACAGAGCAAGAGGUUUCAAAUGGACAGGGUGCGUUCAUGGUAUUUUACGAAUUUGAGGACGGAUAUCAGGAGCCAGUACAACAAGUUACCGAUACGGAGCUGUCAGAGUCAGAGUCUGAAGGGGAAUCAAAAGAAUUCAGAUCUACUGGAAAUAGAUCUGUUGUCAGCAGAUGCGAUGGAUCUAGUAUAACGCAGAUGCUGAAUUCAGACAAGUCAGAUGACAUUGAAAAAUCAAGCAGUGAAGGUGAAGAUCGUGGUCCUGAUGGUGAUAACAGCGCAGUGAAAAACAAUGAGAGUAUGGAAAUCGAUGGGAGUAGCCAUUUGGUUGGCGAAACAAAUGAUUUCAAUUUAGGUGACGAACGAGCUCAUUUGUAA